AUAGUGUAGUGCAGAAUAACUUAUUUUAAGUGUUGUUAAAAGUUUAAAACAAACACACUGAAUACGCGUCUGUUACGUGGACGAUCAAAUCCAUAACUCGAGUGGCUUCUUCAAAUUCGGUAUUACCCAUGCAUCGCACGUAUCCAUGUGCAUUUCACGUCCACGGCGCAGCGCGCGCGGAUUCGCGCGAGGUGGGCUGGCAGGAGCCCACAGCAAACCCACAGCUGUGCGGAAAUGACACAGUACCGUCACGUCACGCGAGAGGGCACUGACAAGAGAAAAAAGCAGCGGAGAGAAACACGGACAGCAGUUAUCCGUGGACAAAUCCACAGGAUUUAAAGACGCGGUCAUGACGGAUGUCUCCUAACCUAUCGCGCACUGCUGCUGGCAAAGGACAUGAGCUCCUCUGUGUGUUUGGUUAAUGCAGACGGACAAGUGUCUAAUAAAAUUAAAGUGGAGAAAGAUGCAGAAGACAUUACUGAGAACACAGACGGAAAGAUGGAGAGUUUCUUUCAGCAGAUUACAAAACGUUCAGCGGUGCACACAGGUCCUGAUGGUCACGCAGCAGAGAUGGACCGGACCCAUUGCCGAAAGAGAGUCAAGGUGACAACGCAGGCAGGAGAACAUCUCCAAGAUGGCAGUUUAGAUAAUGGAAGCAGGUCUUACUCUCACGGGCACAGAUUAUCUCCUCAGGAGCAGAUACACAUCUCUUCAUACAGAAAACCACUUUACAGCAUCACCCAUCGCAUUUCCGAGCGUAAAGCUUCAUCUAAUUUGGACCAGCAUGGAGCUCACAAUGGAGUCAGAGGGAGCCAUAAUGGUCUCCACGUCCACAAACUUAGCAGUAAGCAUCACACGUUGAAGACCUCCCCUACUGUGGGAGUCACAGGGUCUUCUGCUGCCAUGGAUUCUCAUCUCUACCCACUCAUCGAGAAGAUGUUUUUUCUCCUCAACACGCUGAAUUCCAGCAUGACCCAGCUGCACAGUAAAGUAGAUUUGCUCUCGCUGGAAGUGACGCGCAUUAAAAAGCAGAUGAAGCCAUCUGAGAUGGUCAUGGAAUUUCAGCCUCCACCUGAAUACCAGUUGACCAGCGACGAGCUGACCCAGCUAAUGGAGCAAACAUCCACCGCGGGCGAGCUGGGCUGCAGGCUGCUCGUUCAGCUGUUCCCAGAACAUUUCACAGUGAAGGAGUGCACGCACGGCUGCAGCGCGUGCGGCCUUUCAAACAAACGCACGUUAGAUUCGUUGCACCUUCAGUUAAUACGUAACUACGUGGAGGUCUGCUACCCACUGGUGAAAAAUGAAAACGUAUGGCAGACGGAGUGCUUGCUGCAGAUCAAUGAUUUCUUUAAUCGCUUCUGGGCGCAGAAAGACAUGGAGAGCAGUCAGGCGUGUGGUAAACAGGCUACAGUGGUUAUCGGGUUUGACGUAAAACAAAACCACGGGUGCCAUUUCAUUAAUGAAGAUGCCCAGGAUGAGAACCUUUCCCUAAACUCUGGAGAGAACGGUAUUGAUAUUCAUUCCAACAAUAUUAGCUCAGAUGCAGCUGUCGAUUCCAGAGAAGCUGUUGAUGACUCAGAAGAUUUAACCUCUCCUGAGGAUCUUGUCAUUUUUUUGUUGAACAGACUCUUCCCGGAAGUGUUCGAGGAGGGCAGGUUGCCAGAGGGCCACAACAGCAUUGGACAGUUGAUUACUGAAUCAGACAGACUAGAGAUUGUACGAAAAUACAUGGAGGCCAACUUUCCUGAGGUACCCGAAGACACCUGGCUGCAGUUAUGCAUACAGCGAAUGGAGGAAGCAUUGGAGGGCGUCUCAGAAAAUGGGAGAGGUCACGAUAAUAAUCGAGAGGAGAUUUACGACACCUCCCGUCUCCAUGAUAACAUCUCCAUUGUUAAGAUCGGCGAUUUGUGCGAUUAUGAGAAACCGAAUCGGAGGUCUAAAAAAACAUGGCUGGACCCGGUAGAUUUUGACCAACUGGAAAUUCCACUACCAGACUUUGAUGUUCCUCAGAAGUAUUUACUUACUAAAGAACAGCUAAAAAACAUCUACGAAUGCAGUUUAUCUAUUGGGAAUUUUGCCUCCCGUCUCCUGGUUCUCAUGUUCCCUGAGCUGUUCACUUAUGAGAAUGCACGAAAACACUACAACUGCAGUGGAUCUCUGGGGAAGAAACAACUGGAUCCCGUAAGGGUCAAUCUGAUCAGACAUUACGUCCAGCUGCUCUACCCACAGGCUAAGAACGAUCGCGUGUGGACCCUUGAGUUUGUAGGUAAACUCGAUGAGCGUUGUAGGCGUCGGGAUACAGACCAACGCCGUUCGUACCAUCAGCAACAGCGGAAGAACUAUUCACCCGAUCAAGAAUCCGACCUAAAGGACUCUCUAACUGCUACCCAAAUCAACCUUCUCACCUCAGAUCAUUUGAAGGAGGAUUUUGAAGUCUUACCCAUACCUCUGGAGAAAAGCAGCAAGGACUUCUGCAAGAUUCCUCUUGAGGAUCUCUCAGUGUCCGCCCCAGAUUUCCCAGUGCCUUCUGAUUACCUGCUCACGGAUGCCGAGGUGAGGGAGAUCGUCCAACAGAGUCUGUCCGUGGGGAAUUUUGCCGCCCGUCUUCUGGUCCGCCUCUUCCCUGAGCUUUUCACACAGGAAAAUCUACGGCUGCAGUAUAACCACUCUGGGGCCUGCAACAAGAAGCAGCUGGACCCUGUGCGUCUUCGACUAAUUCGCCAUUAUGUGGAGGCCGUGUACCCCGUUGACAAAAUGGAGGAGGUGUGGCACUACGAGUGCGUGCCGAGCAUCGACGAACGCUGCAGGCGGCCCAAUCGCAAGAAGUGCGACAUUCUAAAGAAGGCGAAGAGAUCGAACAACACUGUGACUUAUUCCUAACAAUUUUCCUGCAAAGUGCAGUCUCGUUUUGCUAUAUUUUACACAAUGUAGUUGUUAUUUGCACAAGUCUAUAAGCUGAAGCAUAUUAACAAACCCCAUCCUUGUUUUGAGGUCUGGUUUGGUUGGUUGAGUCCACGUCUGUUGGCAUUAAGCAGGAUGGGUUUUUAGGUGACAGAAAAGUUUUUGAUUGAGGCCACUAUCACGCGAGAGUGAAAUAUUAGUGUUAUUAUAAUAUUUAUAUGCCAAAAUACUAUCGUUGUAAUUCUAAUAGAUAAGCUACAGUAGCCUUAAUCAACUUAAACCUAAACAUUUAGUUCUGUAAAAAAACAAUAGGUCACUUUAGUUCGGGGUGAGGGCAGAGAAAAUAUAUUUUUGUUUUAGUCGUAGCAAUGUUACAGCACUGGCUUUUUCUAAUUAUUCACCAUAUGGAAGAAUGUCCCUGCCUUACAGAAAAUCAAUCGUAUUAAUCUGUAUUAAACUAUAGCAACAGGUUAUAUGUUAUAUAUAUUUUUAAAUAAAAAUUAACUUGCAAGCAAAUAUGAAUUUUAUGUUGGCUU